AUGUUAACCGACGCCCAGAGUGGCCAGUUGAUCGCUACAGUCAACGUGAAAAAAUCGGAAAAAUCGGAAGUUAACGUUGAUUGUGGCGCCUCACCUGGCUACCCUCCCGGCGACUUACCAGCAUUACACGACUGGCUUGUUACAACACUUGAACCAUUAUGUGAUGCUGAACCAAUAGGUCUUGCUAAUGAUAUUCUUAGACUUGUUACUGAAGAUGAAUCAUUAAAUAUACUUCGUGCAAGUUGUAUUCGUCGUCUUAAAAAUAUUUUAAAUGAAUCAACUGACAAUUUUGUUGAUCAAUUAUUUGAUAAUAUUGAAAAUGGACGAUAUAUAUCUGAAAAAGAAAAAGAAAAUAUUCCACCAAAACCAAUUGAAAAUACAACUAAAAUAUUUGAACAACAAGCAAAUAAUCAUAAAACUCAAUCGAUAUCAAAAUCAACAGCAUCUCCAUUUACGACUAUAAAUAGAUCAAUAAAAAGAACAUAUUCUUCCAUAUCUGAAAAUUCAUCAUCAACUAAACGUAUUCAAUAUUCUUAUUCUCAUUUAUCAACAGAUCCAGUAUCAUUAUCAAAUACACAUAUUAUUAGAUUUCAAGGUUUAUUAAUUGAUUCAUCUGUUCCAAUUCAAAUUAUUAUAACAAAUUUAUCAAUACCAAAUGUUGAACUUUAUUAUAAAAAUUUUCUUCUUCCUAAUAAACACCGAAUCAAUCUUAUUCAUGUAUCAUAUUCAUUUAUAGUUCAUACAUUUUUUUUACCAUCAUAUGGUAUUUCAAAAUUUAGUAAAAUUGAAAUAUUACGUGUUUAUGAUAUUAAAUCAACAUAUAUUAAAAAUACUCUUGAUUGUUUAAUGGAUUUACCAGAAUUAUAUUCAUUAACUAUAAAUGUUAUUGAUAAUAUAGAUGAUAUAAAUAUAUUCUAUAUUAAAAUAUUUGGAUUAUCAAAAUUAGCAUUUUGUCAAGUUGAAUAUAAAACAAUCCCAAGCCAAACAGAUACAAAUUACUUGGUUAUAGAUGCAACAAUUUUUAGUCCAUUACAACAAUUUAUUAUUAAUGCUGAUUUUCCAACAAAUUCAUUAGAUAUUUUAUUUUCGUGCUUUCCUCAAAUUCGUCGUUUAUCAAUUGAUAGACUUACAUCAUCAACAACAAAAGAAAUAAAACCAAUUAUUAUGCCUCAUUUAAAACAUGUUACAUUGAAAUUGAACAACAUCAAGUUCAAUGAAUUUGAACAACAAUAUGUUGAUGAAGAAUCAUCAGAUGGUGGUAUUGUUUAUACAAUUGAUCCAUAUAGAAAACAUUAUCACAUAUAUCAACCUGCAAAUCAACUUGAACUUGAUAUGAAUUUAAAUGCUGUUAAACAUGUUCACAUUUGGAAAACAACAAAUGUCAAUCAAUCAUUUAAAUAA